AUGGAGAACGGGCAUAAGUUCCAGGAAGUUUCAAACGCAAAAUAUGAUUGUCUAUUGUUUGAUAUUGAUGACACACUUUACCCUUUGAGUUCCGGAAUCUCUGCGCAUACAGCAAAAAAUAUUGAAGAGUAUAUGCUUGAAAAGCUUGGAAUGGACGCUGCUAAAGUUCCUGAAUUGUGCUUUUCAUUAUACAAGACUUAUGGGACAACAAUGGCUGGUCUUAGGGCAAUUGGCUAUGACUUUGACUAUGAUGACUUUCAUAGUUCUGUUCAUGGAAGAUUGCCAUAUAAUCUACUGAAACCGGACCCCGUUCUCAAAGGGAUUUUGCAAAGCUUGCCUUUUAGGAAAGUGGGUUUUACCAAUGCAGACGCGGGACAUGCGACCAGAGUGCUUAAAAGACUUGGGCUAGAGGACUGUUUUGAAAGAAUUAUAAGCUUUGAUACUCUGAAUUCCUUUGACGCCAUUAGCCCUCCUAAUGACAAAGAUGACAAUGAAAUCUUUGAUUUCUGUGAGUACACACGCCGGCCUGAUUCUGAUAUGGUGCUUCCAAAGACACCAAUUAUCUGCAAACCCUUUGAAGAUGCAUAUGAAAAGGCUUUUAAGUUGGCUGAUAUUGACCCUCAUAGAACAUUGUUCUUCGAUGACAGUCUCCGCAAUUUAAUGACGGCUAAACGUUUGGGCCUCCAUACGGUUGCGGUGGGUACAUCAGUGCGAAGUACAGGAGUGGAUCAUGCAUUAGAGAGUAUCCAUAAUAUCAGAGAGGCAUUUCCAGAGCUAUGGGAAGCCGAUGAGAAAAAUGAGAUUGUUAACUACAAGGUUGCAAUUGAAACAACAGUAAAAGCAUAG